UUACAGGCAUAAUUUUGUGUACAUUAGGCAGCUAAAUUGUGUUUCGAUGUAGAUGUAACCACAUGGUGUUGGUAGCGGUAUGGAGGGGAAAACGCUGUUUGUUGAAAUCCAGAAGCAAGUUGGAGCUGCGCAUUUUGUGUUGCCUGUAGAAGCUGUUAAAGAGGACAAAAGUCUACCAGUCCUUGUUCACCCAGACAAAAUCACAGUCAAAUCUGGAGAUGGCGAAUCCAUCUAUCGCUUUCCGGAUGGCUUCCGCGUCCGUCCCAAGUCUUGUAGUGGACUGAAGUGGCUUGAUGGAGAUGGACUACACCUGAGACUGUCAGUGGAGGAGGAAGAGGAGCAAAAAGAGGAGGAGGAUGAUGGAAGAGAGGAGGAUGGACCAGAUAUCAAACCUGGACAAACCACAAUGUGCUGUGCCAUGUGUGGACAACAACUGCUGAAACCGUCGUUCUGUGCCAAGCGUGUGCUUCCCCUCCCCUCUGACGGCUGGCAGGAGGCGGUCGCGCACAGCUUCUGUCACAAGAGUCCGGACACGCAAAACAUGGCCGCCCAGACUCUCGCGCCCAGACAGGCAGACAUCCUGACUGGCACCGGACACGUUCUCGUACACUCCAAGGCCAUUCACAGUGACAACGUGGACAUUGUUGUUUCAGAGGACAAAAUGGUAGUAGCCCCACUGGUCAGAUGCAAACGAUGUAGAAGUCAGGUGGGCGUAGGGGUCACUACAGGGAAAAAGACCACCUCAGCACAAGAGACACCAGAGCCUCCAGGUGCUAUCAAACUGUACCUGUCUGACAUCACAGUACAUGCUCAAGUUUCCACAUGCUCACCUGUAACACCUGUGUCACCUGGACAGGAUGGCAUCCUGGCACAGCAGCUUCUUAAGGAGUCUGAGUCACAAUACUGCCUGAGGUUUGUGGUACAGGACCUUAGGGCAGACGUCUAUCUGCUGAUGUGGCUGUUAAAGUCUGAGACCAGACUGAUGACCAUCUCCCCCCAUGGUACUGUCUCCUGUCAGGAUGUACUCAAGAUCCUCUACCUGCCAUUCCCAAGGAACGGUGUCAGCAAGUUGUUAUUGGAGAGUUGGAAGAAGGAUGAGAAUGUAGGCCUGCUGUCCUACCCCAGACACACCUGCCUACACCUGGUGUCUCACCUGGCGAGCCACACCCACAGCCUACCUGUGUCACUACGCAGCAUGAACAACUUUAUGGUUGGGUUUUUAAAACUGAGGAAUGUUCCAGUCUCUAUAACAACAUAAAAACAAUCUUACAACUCAAGAACAAUUUCAACUUUUAUUCAACUUUUACAUCAAUUGCAAACCUUUGAUUUUCACCUAAUGCACACUUCUUAGAAAUAAAUAUCAUU